AUGGAGGAUUUUCAGCGGGAACUGCAUAAAGGCAAUCCAGUUGGACCAAGUACUUCUUCCAUAGCUACUGAAUUUAGUAGUUUUAAGAAAUUUAUCCUAGCAGCUCUAACAACCCCGCAUAGUCAGAUGGAUCUGGUGGUGAGGGAGCUAGACCGGAAUGAGAUGAGACGUCGUAUAAAGACGAUCCUCCUGCAUGUUUUCAGCCGCUACCAUCGUCUGGGGCGUCCCUCUGAUAAAGAGUUCAGACCUGUGGUGGUCAAGUUCCACGAGUCAUCAUUCCGCGAUAAGGUUUGGUUCUCUAAAACUGAACUCAAAGGCUCCGGAAUCCAACAGUCAAAGUUCCUCACUAAAAGUCGCCAUAAUGUAUUUAUGGAAGCUUGGCGCAGAUACGGCGUCACCAAAUGCUGGGCCCAGGAUGGCGUUAUCCAUCUUUUCACACCAGACGGCACAUGCCAU